UACUACCAUAAUAUCCACUAUAUCAAACCAAUUGAAUAACCCGGCUAAAACGGUGACAAGCCGAGGCGAACAAACACGACUGUGAUACGUCAGAAAAGUGCAAAAGUGUUUUUCCUCUUUGAAGCCGCUUGAAAUCACGACAACAGGGGGGAGUUUUUGAGCAGAAAGUGCGACACACUUUUUCCUCUGAGAAUGCGGUGAACCUGUGGAAAAGAAAGAAGAAAGAAAAAAAAAAAGGCGGAUUUGCUGCUCAUUAAACGUUGAAGAAGUUUGAAGAGGAGUGUGUUUGAUGGUGAGAUCUACAUGAAAGUGUCUCAGCUACGACAGGAACAGAGGAAGAGCAGCCGCCGCACAUUUUUGGAGGUUACCUGCCCGCGUACGGUGAAGCCAACCGGAGGAUGUUGUCUCAACUGAGGGAGCAGAUUUGGGCGGACUGGAUCUGGUUUCCUGAAGGCCACGGGUGGGCUGACCUGACCGACCAUGAUGGCAAAGUCUUUCCCAAAACAGCAGACCUCUGGGCGACUAUUCCUAUCGCCCUUUGCUUUCUGGUCAUCAGGCAGAUAUUUGAGAGGACAGUGGCGAUACCUCUAGCCUCUCUGCUGGGAGUGAGGGACAAGAAACGGGUUUUUGCGGCUCCAAAUCCCACUCUGGAGUCCUAUUUCUGCAGCACAUCAAAGCAUCCCACACAGAGCUCCAUAGAGAGUUUAAGCAAACACACAGGCUGUUCAGUACGACAGGUCCAGAGGUGGUUCAGGCGACGGAGAAACCAGGACCGACCCAGCAAGGUGAAGAAGUUCCGUGAAGCCAGUUGGAGAUUUACAUUUUACCUUCUUGCUUUCUUUGCUGGCCUGGCAGUCCUUAUUGAUAAACCAUGGUUCUACGAUAUGAAGCUGAUGUGGGAAGACUUCCCCAAAAUGCCACUGGUGCCUUCUCAGUACUGGUACUACAUGAUUGAACUGGGAUUUUAUAUCUCCCUGCUUUUUAGCGUAGCAUCAGAUGUCAAACGUAAGGAUUUCAAAGAGCAGAUAGUCCACCAUGUGGCCACUAUUUCGCUCAUCGGUUUCUCUUGGCUCGUCAACUACAUCCGAGCUGGGACUUUGAUCAUGUUGGCGCAUGAUGCCUCCGAUUAUCUAAUGGAGUCAGCCAAAAUGUUCAACUACGCAGGUUGGAGGAAAACCUGCAACUUCAUCUUCACUGUGUUCGCUGCAGUUUUCAUUGUCACCCGCCUUGUAAUCCUGCCUUUCUGGAUCAUACAUACAACGUGGGUGUACCCCCUGACCCUGUACCCUCCCUUCUUCGGGUUCUACUUCUUCAACGGGCUGCUGCUUGUGCUGCAGUGUCUGCACAUCUUCUGGGCGGCGCUCAUCAUACGAAUGGUCAUCAAGUUCCUGCCAGGCAAUGACAUUGUUGAAGAUGAGAGAAGCGAUAAAGAGGAGACAGAUUCCGAAGAUGAAGAUGAUGACCACGAGUGGAGGGAAAAAUCCAAAAACGGCCACGUGCAGAACGGCCACGCCCCCCUCAACAACAACCACAGAAAGACAGACUGAUCGGACGGUGAGAGCUGGAGGCGACGAGUGGAGAGUCGGCCCUCGCCUGGAAGCCAAAGAAUUGGAAUGUGGCACAUUGAAAGGGCCAGCAAACAGCACACAAACACAUCUACACCCACACACAUCUGUAUCUGAAGCCCCAGCUGCAUGGACCAUUUCACUUCUGUGGAUUUACACUAAGUCAGUGGAGGAGAGGAAGAGCCAAGAGGAGACUGCCAUUGAGAUUUAAGACCAUGAUCAUCUGCUUAGCGCCUCAGACGUCGAGUGGUUUUCUCCUAACGCACACCCUCUUCUCUUUUCUCUCCAGUGUCUUUGGGUAUUUGCCAGGAUUUUGUGCUGUUGACCAAGUUGCCACACGCCAAAUCUGCCUGCCUUGUAGCUUUAUGUCUUCUUACUGGAAGUGUUUUAAGAGACACUGUGUUUAGGACGGUGGCCCCUCCUCCUGCACAGCCUUUUAACACCCUUCAUAGUAUUAAAGCCCUUAAACUUGACUGACUUUUUUUUUUUUUUUGCUAAAUUUAACCAGAAAUCAGUGACUUGAGAAGCACUAAGACGCCGUCUUUGUAUGGACCAUAACCUGAUUUAAGUGAUCCGAUUACUCAAAGUCUAGAGUAUGUGUCUGUGCAAGUUGCAGCUGCCAUGUUGUCACUGAGUUUUUGACAGUGGUUUUGUGCAGAGAAUUAGCCAGUGUUGCAACAGUAUUUCUUCCAGUGAUGCUCGAUGAAACUAAAUAAUUUGUGGCAAUUUUUUUAACAGUUUGAAAGCGUGAGAAAAGAUGCCACAGUGUGUUGAAAUGUGCCUUUUGUGGAUGUUUGGGAAGCAGAAUACAGUGUCCAAGAUCAUUUUAAAUGUUUGUUCUGUUUAUGUUUAAUAUCUAUUAGUGUCCUGAUUUUAUGUUGCUUUAUGUUUGCAAGUCAAGUCGACGGUUUAAUUUGGGAGCAAUUUGUUGAGUGUAACCCAAACCAAUCAGUAAAUUCUUUAUUAAUUCUUUAUAAGUUGAAAGAGUCAAUAGCAUUUCCAUUCAGUGUUGUUUUUCCCAUCCAUCCAAAGAUGCACUUUAUGGUUUCUAAUAUAAAACAGCAUUGACGAAUUUUCCAGAAAGCAACUUUUGUGUAUUUUGGUCCUAAUCCAAACUAAAAUUUACUUCUUCACCUUAAAAAGGUUUGGAUAAUGAUUUAAAAUAUUGUUUCAUAUUUAUUCUCUCUAUUAUUUGCCAUGGAUCUUCCUUGUUUUCAUGUUGUUUGGAGAAAAAAGGUGUUAAAUCUUAAGCAAAGGGGUAAUGCGGUAAAAAAAAACACCAAAGUAAGGUUUACAUUUUGUAUUAUCUUGGCAUUUGAAGUGCCUUCCGUCUCAUUUCAAGUGUUGGAUCUCAACACAUCCACUCUAACGCUGUGGACCGCUCUGUAUUUAACCUUUAACUUUCCUGACGACCAAUCGCCUGCUGUUCCCAUUAAAGAGCUUCGCUUCUACACAUGUUUUUAUUUUGGAUUUUGUGUUGCUCAGAUGUAAAAUCAUUACGAUAAAGGAUAAUUGUGGACAACU